UCCUGGUGCGGCUCGGCGCGCGGCCAGCUCUCGAGUUUGGAACGGAACGCUCGGUGUCACGGUCCCCGCCGGGAAACUUUGCCGCGGAACCGCGACCUCCUGGCCCGCGCAGCCCGGCAUGAAGCGGCGCUGAAGAGCUGCCGCCUUCGCGGCCUCCGUCGCCAACGCCGCCAGAGGAGGAGUCGCAAGCACCCUGGGCCAAGCCGAUGACUACUGCAAACUGUGGCGCCCACGACGAGCUCGACUUCAAACUCGUCUUUGGCGAGGACCGGGCGCCGGCGCCGCCGCCCUCGGGCUCGCGGCCUGCUGAUCUUGAGCCAGAUGAUUGUGCAUCCAUUUACAUCUUUAAUGUAGAUCCACCUCCAUCUACUUUAAACUCAUCUACUUUAAACUUACCACAUCAUGGAUUACCGUCUCACUCUUCUGUUUUGUCACCAUCGUUUCAGCUCCAAGGUUACAAAAGCUAUGAAGGAACUUGUGAGAUUCCCGAAUCUAAAUACAGCCCAUUUGGUGGUCCCAAACCUUUUGAGUGCCCAAGCAUUCAGAUUACAUCCAUCUCUCCUAACUGUCAUCAAGAAGUAGAUGCUCAUGAAGAUGACCUACAUAUAAAUGACCCAGAAAGGGAGUAUUUGGAAAGGCCUUCUAGAGAUCAUCUCUAUCUUCCUCUUGAGCCAUCCUACCGGGAGUCUUCCCUUAGUCCUAGUCCUGCCAGCAGUAUAUCUUCUAGGAGCUGGUUCUCAGAUGCAUCUUCUUAUGAAUCUCUUUCACACAUUUAUGAUGAUGUGGAUUCGGAGUUGAAUGAAGCUGCUGCCCGAUUUACUCUCGGAUCCCCUCUGACUUCUCCUGGUGGCUCGCCCGGAGGCUGCCCUGGAGAAGAGUCCUGGCAUCAACAAUAUGGACUUGGACACUCCUUGUCACCCAGGCAAUCUCCUUGCCACUCUCCUACAAGUGUCACUGAUGAGAAUUGGCUGAGCCCUAGGCCAGCUUCAGGGCCCUCAUCAAGGCCUACUUCCCCCUGUGGGAAACGACGGCACUCGAGUGCUGAGGUUUGUUAUGCUGGGUCCCUUUCACCCCAUCACUCACCUGUUCCUUCUCCUGGUCACUCCCCCAGGGGAAGUGUAACAGAAGAUACCUGGUUUAAUGCCUCUGUCCAGGGUGGAUCAGGCCUUGGCCCUGCACUUUUUCCAUUUCAGUACUGUGUAGAGACUGAUAUCCCUCUGAAAACAAGGAAGACUUCUGAAGAUCAAGCUACUGUACUACCAGGAAAAUUAGAGCUCUGUUCAGAUGACCAAGGGAAUUUGUCACCAUCCCGGGAGACUUCAAUAGAUGAUGGCCUUGGAUCUCAGUAUCCUUUAAAGAAAGAUUCAUCUGGUGACCAAUUUCUUUCAGUUCUACCCUUUACCUGGAACAAACCAAAGCCUGGCCAUACCCCAAUAUUUCACACAUCUUCAUUACCUCCACUAGACUGGCCUUUACCAACUCAUUUUGGACAGUGUGAACUGAAAAUAGAAGUACAACCUAAAACUCACCAUCGAGCCCAUUAUGAAACUGAAGGUAGUCGAGGAACAGUAAAAGCAUCUACUGGGGGACAUCCUGUUGUAAAGCUCCUGGGCUAUAAUGAAAAGCCGAUAAAUCUACAGAUGUUUAUUGGAACAGCAGAUGACCGAUAUUUACGACCUCAUGCAUUUUACCAGGUGCAUCGAAUCACUGGGAAGACUGUUGCUACUGCAAGUCAAGAGAUAAUAAUUGCCAGCACAAAGGUUCUGGAAAUUCCCCUUCUUCCUGAAAACAAUAUGUCAGCCAGUAUUGACUGUGCAGGUAUUUUGAAACUCCACAAUUCAGAUAUAGAACUUCGAAAAGGAGAAACUGAUAUUGGCAGAAAAAAUACUAGAAUACGACUCGUGUUCCGUGUGCACAUCCCGCAGCCCAAUGGAAAAGUCCUUUCUCUGCAGACAGCUUCCAUACCUGUUGAGUGCUCUCAGCGGUCUGCUCAAGAACUUCCUCAUAUUGAGAAGUACAGUAUCAAUAGUUGUUCUGUAAAUGGAGGUCAUGAAAUGAUAGUGACUGGAUCUAAUUUUCUUCCAGAAUCCAAAAUCAUUUUUCUUGAAAAAGGACAAGAUGGACGACCUCAGUGGGAGGUAGAAGGGAAAAUAAUCAGGGAAAAAUGUCAAGGGGCUCACAUUGUCCUUGAAGUUCCUCCAUAUCAUAACCCAGCAGUUACAGCUGCAGUGCAGGUGCACUUUUAUCUUUGCAAUAGCAAGAGGAAAAAAAGCCAGUCUCAACGUUUUACUUACACACCAGUUUUGAUGAAGCAAGAACCCAAAGAAGAGGUUAACUUGUCUUCAGUUCCAGCAUUGUCUGUGCCUCAUCCUGCCCAGACCCAGAGGCCUUCCUCAGACACAGGACACUCACAUGACAGUGUACUGUCAACACAGAGAAGCUUGGUUUGUCCCAUUCAACAAACAUAUGCAUCCAUGGUUACUUCAUCUCAUCUGCCACAGUUGCAGUGUAGGGAUGAACGUUCUGGUAAAGAACAGCAUAUGAUACCUUCUUCAGUCAUGCACCAGCCUUUUCAAGUCACAUCAGCACCUCCUGUGGGGUCUUCCUAUCAGCCUAUGCAAACUAAUGUUGUGUACAACGGACCAACUUGUCUUCCAGUUAAUGCUGCCUCUAGUCAAGAAUAUGAUUCGGUUUUGUUUCCACAGGAUGCACCUCUUCCCAGUUUAAUAAAUCUUGGCUGUCAGCCGCCGUCAUCCAUACCUUUUCAUUCUUCAAAUUCAGGCCCAGCAGGACAUCUCUUAGCCCACACACCUCAUUCAGUGCAGACCCUACCUCACCUGCAAUCAGUGGGAUUUCAUUGUUCAAACACAGGACAAAGAUCUCUUUCUUCUCCGGGGGCUGAUCAGGUCACAGGCCAGCCUUCCCCUCAGUUACAACCCAUUACAUAUGGUCCUUCACAUUCAGGGUCUGCUACAACUGCUUCCCCAGGAGCCUCACAUCCCCUGGCUAGUUCAUUACUUUCUGGACCACCAUCUCCUCAACUACAGCCUAUGCCUUACCAAUCUCCUAGCUCAGGAACUGUCUCAUCACCGUCUUUAGCCACCAGAAUGCAUUCUGGACAGCACUCAACUCAAGCACAAAGUACAGGCCAGGGAGGUCUUUCUGCACCUUCAUCCUUAAUCUGUCACAAUUUGUGUGAUCCAGCUUCAUUUCCACCUGAUGAAGCAACUGUGAACAUUAAGCCUGAACCUGAAGAGCAAGAGCCUAACUUUUCAACAAUUGGUCUGCAGGACAUCACUUUAGAUGAUGACCACUCCUUUCUGGAGAAUCUAGAGGUGAACGAGAUAAUUGGGAGAGACAUGUCUCAGAUUUCUGUUUCCCAAGGAACAGGGGUGAGCAGGCAGGCUCCCCUUCCAGGCCCUGAUUCCCUGGAUAUAGGAAGAUCCGAAGGCCUCUGACAAGAGUUCACUGCAGCCUUGUGUCCACCACCACGUACUUCUCAGCAUGUUUCUCUCCUUGGACCUUGGGUUUCCAACUCUGUGGCCAUCAGGACUGGCACCGGGAGUUGGGGUCACCGUAUGUGGGGAAAGCAGCAUUCCUCCACCUCAGACCUUGGGUAGAUUUUGUAAAAGAACAGGAGCAGCAUAGACUGAGCUUUGGGGAAAUAAGCUUUGCUUUUUAUAUUUAAAUAGGAUACUUUUAUAUGAUGGGUGCUUUGAGUGUGAAUGCAGCAGGCUCUCCAUUUCAGAGAUGCUGCUUUUGCAAGUGACCUGGUUGCUUAGCUAUGAUUGGUGAUUUUACUCCUUUAUGGUCAUUUGAAGGACUCUUUAGCCUUGAUGAUAUUUUUAAAGUAGGAACUUUUGAUAAAACCUUCCAGAGGCAAACAAAGAAAAAAAAAUUCUCCUA